GCUCUGCCGCUUCUUCACCUGGCACUUCGCAGAGGUCUCCGAGGCAGCGUGUACCGUCUCCGAGAUUUGCAGCAGCGAGGAGUGGCAGCUUUGGGAACGCCUGUGCCUCGUUGCAUCCGCUUCCUUUCACGCCGAUGGUGCUGCCAGCUGCUUGCGCCUGGCUCUGGCCACGGCACCCUAUGGCACUGCACCUUCUGCUGCAUCGCAGGGAUCUCGUUGGGACGUGGGCCAUGCCCUGCUCGAAUAUGUGAGGAAGAGACGCCUGGUUUCUGCAAGCUGCCGCCUCUCUCCUCGGGAGGAGCUGGACUUAUUGGCAGAGCGUGGUUCCCAAAGCCAGGGUGCUCACUGUGCAGUGGGCGAGCUUGCGGGGCGAAGGGCAGCGCUGCAGGCUCUGGUGGCCGGUGGACAAAGCAGGCGGAUUGCAAGGGACUUCCAUCGGCGUAGAACACAAUGUGAAUGGUUUCGGUCAGACUCGGAAAUCGUCGUGUGCUGUGACGAUUGGUAG